CCUCCACCGGCCAUGUAAACGAAUUUGUGAUGCGUGAAACGGCCAAGCAGCAGGGCGUGCGACUGGUGGGGGAAAUGCAGCCAUGUGUGGGCUGCGUGGAGGCGAAGAGCAGGCGGGCACUGGUGCCGCGGCGUGGCACGCGCGCUGCGGUACCGUUCGGCAAAGUCCACAUCGACCUCACGGGCCCGUUGUCUGACGCGCUGGACGGCUCCCGGUUCCUGAUCAUGUUCGUGGACAGCGCAUCGCGGUGGCAACGGGGGUACGGGAUGCGGGCCAAGAGCGACACCCUGAAGUUCGUGCAGCGGUUCCUCGCCGACAUGAACGGCAUGGGCACUCCGGGGUGUUUCCGCAUGGACAACGGCGGCGAGUUCACCGGCUCCGCGUUCACCUCGUUCUGCGACGCUGCUGGCAUUCGGCGCGAGUACACCGCCCCCGACACCCCCAAGCAAAACGCGGUGGUCGAGAGCGCCAUUUGGCGCGCCAUGAAGGGGGGCCACGCCGCGCGCCGCCACAUCCUCGCCAUGGGCCACGUCGACCUCUCCUCGAUCCCCAACGUCGGCGUCAACGGACAUCGCUGUGGCUCGCGUCGGCGCUGUGGGCAUCCGCCUGCUUCAACCGCUCCGCGACGAAGGCCAACCUGGGCUGGAUGUCGCCGUUUGAGGCGUUCUUCGGCCGGAAGCCGCCCCUCACCGUCGUCCCUUUUUUCCAGGAGGGGAUGAUGCGCGUGAAGCGGGCCACCAAGGCGGACGUCCAAUCCGCGCGGUGCUUCUACUUGCACGGCGCCAACAACCACUCGACGUCUACCGCUGUCGUUCUUCGCGCUGACACCGGUCGCCUCGCCCUCACCAACAACGUCGUGUGGGUCAACCGCCGGGCAGGAGCGCCGGCCCCGGUGCCGGGCAUCGGGGGGGGUUCUUCGGUCACCG